UACCGAGCAGCCUUCGAACGUUAUUUUGUCGAUUACCGAACAUCUGAUAAAAUGAUUGUUGGUGUGACGUGUAAUGUAAACAGAUGAUGAUUGUGAAGGGCUCAAGGGUAAUAAAAAACUUCAGUCAUUGUCAAUAAUUGCUCUUGUUUUUAUGUUAAAUUUAAAUACAUUAAUUACCUACCUAGAUUGUUAAUGGAGAUCUUUUUAUAACUAUUUAAUUUUGCGCGCAUGGGCUGAUAGCAAAUUCUUGUUGACAUUUCAAAAAAUAUAUAUUUAACGAUUCCCUCUGGUAUGGUAGUCGGUGUUUAGCGGUUUUAUUGACUACCUGGUGGCAAUAUUUAUAGUGUAGUGCAUCAAAUAGAUAUUCAAGAAAAAUGUUAGAAGGAUACGGACCAGUUAUGCAAGCUUUCUUCGGCACUCUUUUUACCUGGGGCAUGACAGCUGCUGGUGCUGCCGUUUGCAUAUUUGUACGAGGUUCACAGCGAAAACUGUUGGAUGCAAGUCUUGGUUUCGCUGCAGGAGUAAUGAUAGCAGCUUCUUUCUGGUCUUUGUUACAACCAGCACUAGAACUGGCAGUAUCAUCUAAAAGUUAUGGAGAAGUAGGACAAUUCGCUUAUCUACCCGUUGGAGCGGGCUUCCUUUUGGGUGCGUUGUUCGUUUAUGGCGCCGAUAGAUUGAUUAGUGUCCUUGGGGUACAUUCUCCUAAUAUGAUGCUUGCAUUGAACGCCACCGGUAGUCGUCGCGAUAGUCGCCGAAGUAGUUCAAGACGAGAGUCACACUACAUGCCGGAAACGACUACCAUUGAGGGUUUCCCAGAAACUUUAGCAACGUUACAUCAGCGUAAAAAGGUAGGUAGAAACGCAGUAGAUAUAGAGAAAGAUAUUGAAGAUAAAGUUCGUGUACAGAGUUUCGACGACGGGGACGAUUGCAAUAUCGAAGAAAUUCAAAAGGGGCAGUGGAAAAGGAUUCUUCUUCUCGUUGUCGCUAUAACGGUUCACAACAUUCCUGAAGGAUUGGCGGUCGGCGUCGGAUUCGGAAUAACUGGUAAUGACAAAAUAUCCAGCUUGGAGAAGGCUAGAAACCUGGCUUUUGGUGUUGGUAUCCAGAACUUUCCCGAAGGUUUGGCAGUUAGUUUACCUCUUCAAGCUGCAGGUUUUUCAACAUUCAAAGCCUUUUGGUAUGGUCAACUAAGUGGUAUGGUAGAACCGAUAUUCGGUGUAUUAGGUGCGGUCGCUGUGGGUCUAGCAACACCUGUACUUCCUUACGCACUUUCUUUUGCUGCUGGCGCUAUGAUAUACGUAGUAGUGGACGACAUUAUUCCAGAAGCAAAUACAGACGGUAACGGGAAACUCGCCUCGUGGGGAUCAAUUGUGGGAUUUCUUCUGAUGUUAGCGUUAGAAGUUGGAUUAACGAGCAGCUGAAAAUAUAUUAGGCACAAUUUUGACUUGAUAAUUUAUACGAAUUUAUAUAUAGAAAUUAUUUAAUUGUUUCCAAUUGAACGAUUGUAUUUAUUAUGUUUUAUAUUUUUAAUUGGUGACCGUAAAAAGUUGCAGGGGCAAUAUUUAUCAGUAAUUUAGUUUUAUAUAUAUAUAUAUAUAUAUAUAUAUAUAUAUAUAUAUAUAAACGGUGUGACAGCUCCUAUCUUGGGACCUUUGUAACAUAAAUUUAGUUAAAUAUUAAAGUUUCUUUGAUCGGUCAAUUUUAUUGUCGUUCGAUGAAGCCGCAGAUUCGGGGCCAUUUAACCCUCAACUGGUAUGGUGGUUUUAAAUGACGUAACUGGUAUGGUCGGUUCACCCACGACCCUUAAACGGGCAUGGUAUCACAUAUGAUACCAUCUGUUCGAUAAUUUUUUUAAAAAUCGGCGGUAAACUUUUCGAACUGGUGUUGGUCACACUGUUUUACGUCCAACGAAAGUUGUAACAACAUUUUUCAACAAAAAACUUUGAUAACUCACAUUUCAUUAGUGAAAUGGCGUCUCGUCCUAAAAAUGUAAAUUGUUUUUUGUUGUUUUACAAACAAUGCAGUGUUUUAUCUUUAUAAUACUGCAUUGAAUGCAAUUAUGGAGCGGAAAAAUCGUGAUAACUGAUUUUCUGCAUUUUGGGAACGUAUCAUAUUUGAUAUUUUGCCCGUUUACACUAAAAGUUAAAGUUUGAUACGCGUUUUUGAUAACUAAAUUGUUUAUUGAUGUUUAUUAGAUCAUUUUGUGUAUUAUUAUAUACAUAAAUUAUUAUUUUUAAUAAAAUUAUU